AUGUCGCGCGCCUCUACUACCAAGAAAAGACGUUAUUCCACUGCGGGCACGCCAUCUACAAAAACUACGUCUGUUUCACGCCUUAACGAACUCCUUGCUGAUGCAUUGUUCAUUGCCGAAAACAUCGAUCCAGACGAACUAAAGGGGCCUGAUUCGCGAAAAGCAAUCAAACUAGCACGCUCAAUACUCCAGGCCCUUCCGGUCGAAAAUUUUGUCAAGUCUAUCGGAUAUAAUGAUCACAAACGUUCUCUCAAUGAGAAAAUCAGGGCGCUACAAAAGCACUGCAAAAGGGACUGGAAAGAUGGUUAUGAAAGACAGAGCGAAAUGAUGUCUGAAAUAUCUGAAGAAAUUGUGCAAUGGCUUCCGGAACUCUGGCGAGUCAUGGCAGAGGAAGAAGCAGAUCCGGAACUGAUAAGACCAUCAUUAGUUCUGUGUUCUACAAUCGUCGGUGACAUUUGGAGCUGCAAAAGCCGUGCGGAAUAUGGCGACCAGAGGUUCGAUAUAAAUAUAUCUGGGUCUAGUGGGGAAAGUAUCUACAAGGUGUCUGGAGGUAUCGGUGAUAUGCUUGUUUGGAUGUGGAGGGAAUUGCUCGUGAUUUCAGGGAGUCGAAAAAUCGCGAUUGACGGGAUAUUGGAUGAUAUUGAGCAAUUUGAAAAGACGGACAAAGUAUUUGGGCUCCUGCAACAAUUUCCCGCCAAUGGGGAACAACCCGAAGGGAAUAAAUUUUGGGACAAACAUUGGAAUCAGUCCAUGAAAGACUUUUCCACUCAACUGUGUGAGCGCCAGUAUCAAGAACGCAUCGCCGAAUUUCAGAAAAGUCCCACGAUUGGGCUUUACCGCCGACUGGUAUCACAGUAUCCUACCCUCAAAAAGCAACUCAUCACAUUCGUUCGCGAGAAUGCCUUUUCUAAAUAUCCUGCUAUAUCUUAUUCUGAUGCAGCCGAGAUCUUCAUGGAAUGUAAACAGACCAAGGCCCUCCUUCGCAUACUCGAUAUAACAACAUAUUCCUCCACCAUGUCUGACACAACUCUACGCGCAAUUGUCAAGUAUCUCUCUACCCAAACCUCUAAGGAGAUUCGCGCACGCGGUCUAAAAAUUCUCGAAUUCGGCCUCAAGCGGGCAAAAGAUUCUGUUUGGAAUUCAAUUGAUGAGGUAUUCCCGGGACUAGAUAACGCCACCGAUUGGCUGGAAUUUGAACUGGACGAUAUGUACGUCACGGACUCUGAGUCAGACGAUGGGGAAGAACCAGGGCAUCCUCGACGUCUUAAAGACGAAACCAAGUUGAAACCAGUUCUCAGAAAAUUCGCCAAUAUUGCUUCGGACUAUCCAGAUGGUGAGGACGGCCCGUUGAACAGAGACAGCAACCCUAUGAAAGGAUACGAUUCGGAUGAUAGCGACUACGAGGAAGCAAAGCAAGCGAUCUCGCCCAACCUUGCGAAGGGAAUACAAGAUUGGGUUGCUUUAUUGGGAGCUUGGCCAGACAAUGCUGAAAAGGCUGAAGUUUGGGAUAAGGUCAAGUGCUCCGAUAUGGAUCCUUGGAUUGUCAUCGACGGUGCGCUCGAGGAAUUAGCCAAUCGGUAUGUCGAAUUAAUGUGCAGAGCUUAA